AUGUCUACAGAGACUACUGUGUUAGUUUGCUUUGACGUUAGGUCUGAGAAGUUCAGCUUUGUUAAAGUUAAGACGUUUGUCAUUGAGGGAACUAUGAUAAACUACAAUGGUAAAUUAGGUUUCCUUCGUGCUGGAAAAUCUACCUGCGCUUAUAGAAGUAGUAGAAUUGUUAACCUGUUGGUACUAGAAGAUAUCGACAAGCAGGGAUGGUCUGAGCGUACGUUUGUAUUGCCCGCUUUGUGGGAGGAUAUUGUUGGGAGUGCAAUGUUAGGCUUUGUUGGAAUGACGCGGACAAAUGAGAUUGUUAUGAGGCAGGUGAGUAUUGAACCAAUACCUUUGUGCCUAUUCUACUUCAAUACCGAGAGGAAUACUGUCGUUAGAGUUGCAGUCGAAGGAAUGGAUGUGUCUGAGUAUGAUAGUGUUCACAUCUUUCUAGACCAUGUAGAAAAUGUGGAGCUUAU